AAUCAAUAUAGUAAUUGUGUUGAUUUUAUGAAGGAAAACCAACGCAAUUUUCAUAAAGUUUUAAAAUGUUGAAAUCUAUAGCUGUAUUUGCCAUUAUAGUGGCUGUGGUCAGUGCUGAGUUGGUGCAUGUACCCAUUCGCAAACAUGAGAAUUUUGUCAAGACCCAUAAGGAUAUUCGUGCUGAAAAGUCGGUAUUGCGUACCAAAUACAAUUUGCCUCAACCUCGUGAUUUGCCAGAGGAGCAAUUAUCGAACUCUUUAAAUAUGGCUUAUUAUGGGGAUAUCAGCAUUGGUACUCCUCCACAAAAGUUUGUUGUUCUCUUCGAUUCGGGUUCCUCAAAUUUGUGGGUGCCCUCUAGCCGUUGUUGGAUCUGGGAUGUUGCCUGCAAGAAGCACAAUCAAUAUAAUCAUGAUAAAUCCAGCACUUAUGUUACGAAUGGUGAAUCUAUUUCUAUACAAUAUGGCUCCGGUAGUAUGAGCGGUUUCUUGUCUCAGGAUGAUGUCACCCUAGAAGGUUUAACCAUAAAAAAUCAAGUUUUCGCUGAGGCCAUGAAUGAACCCGGCAACAGUUUUACCGAUGCCAAUUUUGAUGGUAUCUUUGGUAUGGCCUAUCAAAGUUUGGCUGAAGACAAUGUAGUGCCACCCUUCUACAAUAUGUUCGCUCAAGGUUUAGUUGAGUCUGAU